AUGUCUCGCGGUGAAACACCAUCGCAGCAUAAUUCUACGCUCGCGGUCUCACCUGUGGUUGGAAACCGAAAUCUUCAAAUGCAGCAUCAAUCUCAACAAAGAAACGACCCAACCUUGCAUAAUCAGGGAACUUUAGGAAAUCAAGGAAGUUCAGCCACCCAGACGCUUCCAGGAAAUCAGGGAAGUCGAAAUUUGAGUCAUAGCCAUAGAACUCAGACACCUCAUCAUUCGGUCACUUACAGUCCAUUGGUUCAAAAAAUACAAAAUAAUGCAUCACUAGCAUCCCUAGCCACACCAGCACCAGCUCAAAAUCAUGGCGGUUCAACAGCGGGUCUGUUGGCGUCGAUGACGAAAAGCGGGCUUUUCGGACCGGCAAUGCCAUCCACGUUGAGGAAAGUAAGUGCAACAUUAGAUCCCGGCAGGACCCGGGGCGUUGGUCAAGAAGAUAAAAUGAACAUGGAUGAUUUGCUGGAUUCUAACCAAAUUGUCGAUUCCAUCGAUGUGACACAGCUACCUGCAGCGGAAAAACUGCGGCUAUGGCGUCACGAUUCACUCAUGCAACACCAGUAUCGCACCGCUGAGUACAUCGGUGACAAAGUAUACGCUAUGACUGGAGACCCGAAUGACGCCUUUUGGCUGGCCCAAGUAUAUUAUAACAGCGGAUCGUACGUUCGGGCCGUGGAAUUGCUAACCCGGAACAACCUUGAUGCCUCCAGUGUCAUGUGUAGGUAUCUCACAGCGCUGUGUCUUGUGCAAUUGAAAAAACAUGAGGAGGCCCUGGAUAUCGUGGGAGAGACCAAUCCAUUCCAGGACCCGCUAAGCAAUCGUGUGAAGAAUCAGGACGGAGGCAUCAAGUUGGAAUCUUCAAUGUGUUUUUUGCGCGGCAAGAUAUUUGCGGCUCUCAACAACUUUGAAAGAGCCAAAGAGUGUCUCAAGGAAGCUCUCCAAGUUGAUGUCAAAAAUUUUGAAGCUUUUGAUGAACUCAUUUCCAAAAACUUGUUAACCCCAAAUGAAGAAUGGAUGUUUGUGGCCUCAUUAGAUUUUACAGAGCUCGGGGACAACGACGAGUUUAUCAAAUCACUGUAUAUCUCUCGGCUUUCGAAACAUCUCAACCUGGAUCAAGUCCGCAAAGCCCAAGACUUUUUAAUCGACGAGUACAAACUCGAAAACAACACUGACAUAAUCCACAGUCACGUCGAUAUGUUAUUCACCCAAUGCAAAUUCUCUAAAUGCCUAAAGCUUUGUGAGGAAGCUCUUGAGCACGACGAAUAUUCAUUUACCAUCCUGCCCACCUACAUCUCGUGUCUAUACGAACUGGGAGGAAAGAAUAAACUAUUUUUGAUAUCUCACAAACUGGCAGAGAAUUUCCCCAAGCAUCCCAUAACCUGGUUCGGAGUCGGCGCAUAUUAUAUGUGUACCAAUAAAAUCUCUGAAGCCAGAAAAUAUUUCUCAAAGGCUUCGAUUUUAGAUCCUACUUUCAGUCAAGCCUGGAUCGGCUUCGCACAUACCUACGCUGUAGAGGGAGAGCACGAGCAGGCCAUCUCUGCGUACUCCACUGCAUCUAGGUUUUUCCCUGGCACACAUCUACCGAACCUAUUCUUGGGAAUGCAGUAUCUACUCAUGGGUACACUCCAGCUUGCGGAAGAGUACUUUAUUUUGGCCUAUGACGUUUGCCCCUAUGAUCCUCUUCUUUUGAAUGAAAUGGGUGUUCUGUACUUCAAGAAAAACGAUUUCGUGAAGGCCAAGAAGUAUCUGAAAAAAGCAUGGGAAGCUAUUAAGGCACUAGACUCUGAAUCAAAAUCGUGGGUCUCGAUUCAUACCAACUUGGCUCAUUCAUACCGCAAACUAGGCGAAAAUGAAAGGGCGGUGAAAUGCUUUAAACUCGUCUUGGAAACCGCAGGUAAAGAUACUGAUACUCUAUGCGCUUUAGGAUAUGUCUACCUUCGCAUGAAUCGAAUAGGAAAAGCCAUUGAUUCGUUGCAUGGUUCCCUCGCACUGUGUCCGUCAAAUCAAACUGCACAAGAACUUUUGAAACAAGCGUUGGAAGUGAAUUUGUUGACUGCAUUGGAUGAUAACCAUCCGCUUAUGGUCAGUUCUCAAAUUCGACAACAAAGCUCUAGUCUUGAGAAUCGGAAGCGGACUGCUAAUAAACUAGACGCCCAUGCCAUGGCUAAACGCUUGAAACAUGGACAAAACUCAUCCGAUGACGAGCUUUACGAUGGUGACUCGAUGGAGCUCGAGUAUACUUCAAUGCAAUAA